AUGGUAGCCUCCCGCGCCUUCGUCGCCGCCGCGGCCUCGCUGCUGCUCCCCGCCGCGCACGCACAGGACGCCGACGGCAAGUACGAGAUCUCGGCUGAGGGCAUCCGCGCCAACUUCAUUGCCUACGGCGCCUCCAUCUCCAACCUCUUCAUCAACGACACCAAUGGCGUCGAGCGCGACAUCGUGCUGGGCUUUGACAAUGCGAGCUACUAUGGCAUCGAUAAGCUGCACCCGCAUCUUGGUGGCGUGCCCGGACGCUACGCAAACCGCAUCAAGAACAGCACCUUCGAGAUCGACGGCGUAACCUACCACGUUGACGCCAACGAGAAUGGCGGUCUGGACACGCUGCACGGCGGAUCUGAUGGCUGGGACUGGCGCAACUUUACCGUCGAGGCCCACACCGAAAACUCCAUCACCUUCUCUCUUCUCGAUCCCGAUGGAGACCAAGGUUUCCCUGGAGCCGUCAAGAGCUACAUCACCUACACUCUGACUCCCUAUGCUUGGCACCUGAAGAUGUACGCCACGGCGCUGACCAAGAAGACGCCGAUUAUGCUGAGUUCUCAUACGUACUGGAAUUUGGAUGGCUUCGCAAACAACGAGACGGCGACCGCCCUCAACCAUACCCUGUCGCUCCCUUAUUCCGGCCAGCGCAUUGGCACCGAUGGCAUCUUGAUCCCCAACGGCACCAUCCUGCCUAACCAGAAGGGUUCCGUCAACGACUUCUGGAGCGCUCCCAAGCAAAUUGGCGCGAGCUUCAAUGACCCCGAGAUCGUUGGCAAUUGCGGCACCGGCUGCAGCGGUUAUGACACGUGCUACAUUGUCAACCGUGCACAGGACGGCCCCUAUGACUGGCGGACCAAGGGCCCCGUGGCCAGUCUCUCGAGUGAUUUCUCGGGUAUCAAGGUAGACGUUUUCACCGACCAGGAUGCUUUCCAGGUUUACUCGUGCGGCGGCCAGAACGGGACCUUGACACUCAAGAAGACCCAAGGCUUAUUCGAUGACCCGGAUCGCCCGCGCGUUGUCGAGCAGUACGGGUGCGUCGUCAUGGAAGUGGAGGACUGGAUCGACGGGAUCAACCAACCAGAGUGGCAGCGCGACAGCAAGCAGAUCUUCGGCCCCGAGGAUCCGCCCUACGUGUUGGAGGCCAUCUACAAGUUCUCCGUUGGCGACGCCAGCAGCGGGGGCUGCGACAAGUCCGAGUUGUAA